GGCGCGGCGGCCGUGACGAGGCGCUCCCGGCGCUGAGCGCUUCUGCUCGGGGCUCGCAUGGCGCCCGCGCACGGAGUCUGACCUGAUGCGGACGCAGCGGGGUUACUAUGAACGCCCCUGUCGGUGGAACCUGGCUCUGGCUCCCUCUGCUCCUGGCCUGGCUCGCCCCCGGGGUCGGCGCCUCGUGGUGGUACAUGAGAGCUACAGGCGGCUCCUCCAGGGUGAUGUGUGACAAUGUGCCAGGCCUGGUGAGCCGCCAGCGCCAGCUGUGCCACCGACACCCGGACGUGAUGCGUGCCAUUGGGCUGGGCGUGGCCGAGUGGACAGCAGAGUGCCAGCACCAGUUCCGCCAGCACCGCUGGAACUGCAACACGCUGGACAGGGAUCACAGCCUCUUUGGCAGGGUCCUGCUCCGAAGUAGUCGGGAAUCUGCCUUUGUUUACGCCGUCUCCUCAGCUGGAGUUGUGUUUGCCAUCACCAGGGCCUGUAGCCAAGGAGAGUUAAAAUCCUGUUCCUGUGAUCCAAAGAAGAAGGGAACCGCCAAGGACAGCAAGGGCAGUUUCGACUGGGGUGGCUGCAGCGAUAACAUUGACUAUGGGAUCAAAUUUGCCCGAGCCUUCGUGGAUGCCAAGGAAAGGAAGGGAAAGGAUGCCAGAGCCCUGAUGAACCUUCACAACAACAGAGCCGGCCGGAAGGCGGUGAAGCGGUUCUUGAAGCAGGAAUGCAAGUGUCACGGCGUGAGUGGCUCGUGUACGCUGAGGACAUGCUGGCUGGCCAUGGCGGACUUCAGAAAAACGGGCGAUUAUCUCUGGAGGAAGUACAACGGGGCCAUCCAGGUCGUCAUGAACCAGGAUGGCACGGGGUUCACGGUGGCUAACAAGAGGUUCAAGAAGCCAACCAAAAAUGACCUCGUGUAUUUCGAGAAUUCUCCAGACUAUUGUAUCAGGGACCGAGACGCAGGCUCCCCGGGGACGGCGGGCCGCGUGUGCAACCUGACUUCCCGCGGCAUGGACAGCUGCGAGGUCAUGUGCUGCGGGAGAGGCUACGACACGUCCCGCGUCACGCGGAUGACCAAGUGCGAGUGUAAGUUCCACUGGUGCUGCGCCGUGCGCUGUCAGGACUGCCUGGAGGCCCUAGACGUGCACACGUGCAAGGCCCCCACGAGCGCCGACUGGGCGGCUCCCACAUGACCUGGGCGGAGGCCCCACCGCCGCCCUCCCUCCCUCCCUCCCACAAGGACUCCUCUGGAUCUGCAAGGACACGGCGCCUCUGGGUUUUCUGGGGGAGACUUGUCCUAAGGCACGUGACCUUUGUCUCGACAGAAGCCCCCCACCCCCGGGGGCCCCGGGCCUGGGGCCACGUGCUGCCCAUAAAGAUGCCUUCCCCUCCCCGGCUUCUGGCCCCCGGUGCACCCCUCCUCCUGGUCAGCACUGCCACGCGGGGCAGGGGCAUGGAGGGGCCUGAACCCCAUCGCCACCCGCCUGGACGUUCCCUCCUCUAGAGCAGUCGACCAGAGGGGGAAGAGCGUCCCGAAGGAGCUUUUCCUGGGUCUCACAAUAAAUGCUCGCAGUUCAGAAAUUCUGCACUUCUCUCUGGAGGGUGAAGACAGCAGGACCAGCUGCCACUAAAUUAACUUUAAAUCUCAAGAAGACCAAGCAAGGCUCUUGCCUGAUCAAGUGAUUUUUUUUUUUCACAGCCCUCCCUCCCCACCCCAACCCCCCACCCCCAGGGGCAGCUGGUAACGCCUGGAGAAGGAUGGCUUUCAAUGAACUUGAGGUUUAACACACAUAUUUUUCAAGGCAUUUAUUGUCGUAUUAAAAUCUGAUGUGACAGGAUGGGACUGUUGUCCUUUGGUACAGUUUGGAGUCCCUACGAUAGCAAGAGCCUCAGAAAGUGAUUGCUUUGCCUUACUGUGCCCCCUUGAUAUCAAGCUUUAGGGAGUGAGACUUCCUUCUUACUUAGGACCUGAAGGGAAUUUAAAAGAAGAUUGAUCGUCUGGCAGGAUAAGGUACCUAUUGGGGCAAGGAGGGGGCAAUGGAGGAAAAUAAGUUAGUGGAAUAUCAGAAGACGUGCCUGUACAGAUGAGGUACAAAGGGGGGCAAUACAAUUCAUAUCUGGUAUGACGCACGCGGCCCAUGGAGUUUUGCAGUUGAAGUGGCUUUGAGAAAGCAAACGUUUCGGAUGACACGACCGGGGACCCAGCAGCCUGGGCGGCCUCCACCGUAAGCAGGCGCCCAGCACGUGUUGGCCGCGUGUGCCGAGGAGCCCCCGCUCGUACCCAUUGCCCUUCGAGCACGUUUCAAAGAGCUGUCACGUUGAACUGUGCUCAUCCGGGGCUGACGAGGUGACAGGAUGCCCUAGCCCUUGCAAAUGACACACAGCCUUGCUUGGAGAGUUGGCAACCCGAGUGUAUCAUGUUACAAACAAAUCGUCAUUUGGAGGCUGUAUUUAAGGGGCCCGGCGGUGAUUACGGUGAUUACGGGCCCAGAGGUGACGUCCAGGGGAGGUGGAGAGGCUGCCGUAAGCGAAAGAAGGACAAAAUAACCGAAGAUACUUCUCACCCCGUCCCCCGGUUCAAUUAGGCUCUGCUUCUCCAUGUGGCCUCUUCCCAUUUAUUCAUGGGAUGCUUCCUUCUGUGCCUCUGGUGACCAGUGGCUGACGCUCGUUCGGGGACAGCCUGCCUCAGUUCCUCUGUCCUUGCUCUGCAGCAGGGCGACUACGCCGACCUUCUCUGACAGCUGCCCGCUGGAGUUCUUGGUCAUCACUGAUGCUCACCUCCUCGCCCUCAUAAAAAUGGCAGAUUUCAUCCCCUUCCCUUCACUCCCAAAUCCUCCAAUUUUUAAUCUGAUUUUUCCAAAGUAGCUCUUUCAUCUUUUUGAGUCUAUAGAUUCAGAGGGUGGGAACAGCGGAGCGGGACACAGUGGCCCUGAGCUCCGCGUGGGCCUUCGGGGGCAAGGGGGCGGCCAGCAGGUGAGCCGUCCUGGUUACGUGGAAGCUGCCUGUGGACGCCUCUGGGGGAUGCAGGAGCUCGCACGGUGGUCCCCAAGCCACCUGCUUGCCCUCCUACCUGCUGGAUGUGCUAUGACAUCAUAAAUCUGCGGGUGUCUCUAGAAAUGGAAAGGAUCGAAGAGGGCAUCUUGGCUCCCUUCCGUGUGCAUCUGGGGAAAGCGGAGGCCAAGAGGGGCAGAGGUCCCUGCAGUUAUCUGGCAUCGCCCCCAAGUUCCAUCGUCAGCAGAGGAGUCGGGAAAGCCAAGCACUUUAUCUGGUUUGUCUCAGAGUUAACCCAAGCAGAUUCUAAGUAGCUUUAGCUUCCAAAGGAGAUGGUCAUUAUUUCUUUUAAUUCCUGGGAUGUUUUGAUCUGACUUUCAUGCUGAGAGGCAUAAGGGGCAAGGGCACGAGGCAUAUCCCUGCAGAAACCCACGAAGGAGACUGUGGGAGACCAUGACAGCCUGCUCAAGUGCCAGUGGCUGUGGCCGUUAGGGAGGGUGUAAUCACAGAGUGAAGUAUUUUUAUCUGCUUUUACUUCUGAAAGAGGAAAUCUCCACUAUUUGAAAAAAUAAAAAAUUAAAAAACAGGUGAAGACCACUUCAAACUUAUUUUCUUUAGGGUUUGGUUGAGGAUCAGCGUUCCAUAAUUCUAAGAUCCACGAGACUCUGGAUACCUGAAGUCCGUAAGGGAAUGUUACAGCACAAUUUACGCCAAACAAAAUGAAAGAAUCCAUUCGGUUCAGAUCCCCUACAAAUUCCCUCUCAAUGAAAAUCUUAUGAUAAAACCAAGCUUUCUAGGCCCACAAGGAUGCCCAUUAAGGUUCUGCAAUAGCUGAAAGAGUUCGGACACAAUACGAGAUCUUGACUUAGUAGAGCUUUCUAUGAUAAAGACGUAAUCUGCACGUGACUCUGAGUCUCAGCCAGCGAGUUGUCUUCUCGGUCAGUUGGCCUGCCUGACUUGGGCCGCGCUUGGCAAGGCUGGACUGGACUGACCUUGGUAUCCUGUGAGCAUGCUUGGCAAGGGGCAUCCCGGCUGCAUCUUGGGCAGCCUCUCACACGUAAGCUCCAGCCCGAAACCCCGAGUGCCGUGAGCACGGCCAGCUGGGCUCUCGGCACCCCCAGGACGGGGGCCCUGGCCUAAUACGGAUUUCUCCAGAGUGGAAGGAGCGGCCCCGAAGGAUGUGUCAAACGGCCGUGCAUUCAGAGCCGGGCUGGAGGACGGGAGAGGACUGACCGGGAGGGGCCAGGUGGCCGUUGGCGACGCCGGGCUGGGCUUGGCCGUGGUGAAGAGUGGCUUCCCCCGCUCUUGCAGGGUCACUGCCCUGCUUCCUCCUGCUGUGGCUUCCCCGGCCCCUCCCAGGACCUCGGGGGCCCAGAGGUGCGGGCCCCGCUCACGUCCCCAUACCCAGCUGCCACGCUUCGUUUCAAGAGGCCUCUGGAUCGUCGAAACCAUGUUCCUUUCUAUUGGGUUUAUCACGAAGCCUGACCACAUCAGGCAUCAUGUUUUUUUUUUUUUCAGAGGGAGUAGCUUUAAAGUCAGAAAAAUCUAGCCUCCCAUUGACAUUUCUCUGCCUGAUUAAUUUAUUAAGGAAUCCUACAUCAAGUCUACAAAACCUAAAGCAGGGCCCCCGCCCCCACCCCGGCGACAGGCGACAUGACCGCGUGUGCUUGUCCUCGCCAGCGUUUCCAGGCCCAGAUCUUAUUAUUACUUCUCAUUUAUUAAAGGCUGGCCUGGGGCUGCUGUGGUCUCAGCUGAAGAACAUCCGUGUCCCCUCUUGCCUGCUCUCCAGAUACAGGCCCGGAGAGCUGCCCAGUGGACCAGAACCAUUCUCUUGUGUCUAUUUACUGUGCUUCAACCUGGGUUUCCUUAUCUGAAGAGCGAGAAGUGUACUCUUCGCAAAUAAACCGCGCCAGUUCCGAAGCUGGUAAAUCGCUUUUGUCAGGUCUGUGCUGACCUUCUGGAAAAACAAUCCGCUGGUAUAAGCUCACAGAGGCGGGCUCACCUUGACCUUCCCUUUACCUACGCAGAGAAAACUUUCACUCAUCCAUGAGAAUGUUCUUUACAUUUUUCAGGGGAUCAGCAAGGUGACAGGUGGUUUGCAAAGCCCAACAUGAUUAUUAUUUUUCUAAAUCAUCGUUGUUCCAACUCUAUAGCUUUUUUUCCCUGAUACUCACAUGAUUCCUGUUUAACCAAGCCUCCCACUUCCAUGAGCUAAUAAAAGUGUCACGCAGAUUGUUACAAAGAACUAUUGUUAUUUACAAGUCUGCAUUUUCUGUGAAAUCAAAACAUAAUAAAGUGAAUUUUCAGUGUUGACUUUGUUAUUUUAAACCUGUCACAGUCUUGCCAAACCCUCUGGUGAAAAGAAAUCCCUGCGGGUUAUGGGAACUCUGUCCUUGUCCUCUCUCAGGACUGCUGAUCAAGAAGUGUCCCUCAAGUCUGCAAAGAUUUUCAGGGAAGACAGUUGGCUCACCUUACUGAUAAGUACUCUGGUGAGUCUAUGGGGAAGACUCCUAUUCCUGAUGGAGAAAUUAUUUUCCACACACACUUUCACCCUGUGUUCUCCCCUGGGUGCCAGCUUACCCCCUCUAGGUGCCAGCACGCUUUGGCCGUGUUUAUAAAUCCAGUGUCACUCCACAGCAGCUAGGCCCAGCCCCGUUGACCUCUCCAAAUUCUUACUUUCCAUGUAAGUGCUUGCUUUUGGCUGAAAUGGUAAUUUUUCAGCUUGAUUAGAAACAGACAAGACCCCUUGCUCCUUUCUUGAGAUCUCUGUGUCCUGAUUGUGGGUGCUACUUCUACACUAGUAGAGAAAGCUCAGAACAUGGAAAUAAACUCUCCUCCCGCAAAGAAAAUCCAUCCAACAUCGGCUCCUCCCUGAUGAAUUGUUUUAGGUGACCUGACUGAGCAAGGUGCUGACUCUGCACUCCAGUACCCCCCGGGUGGCCCGAUAGCCAGGUUGCUUGCUGCCCCUCUAGGAUUCCUUUGACCCCUUUAGAAACUCCCAUGCUUGGAGGAUCUUCAGAAGAGGAGGUGACACAUGUGUCUGUGUGUAUUUUUCAAAGAACAUUUUCCCCCCAAAUUUUUGCCCAAACAUUAUCAAUGAGAUUCCCCUAUUCUCUCACCUUUUGAGUGAGAGGACUGUCUACACAUUGUGAGGUCUUUAAAAGCAACCCUGGUCUUUACACACUAGAUGCCAGAGGCACUCUCCUGCUUCCCAGGUGUGACCACCGAAAGUGUCCCCGGACACUGCCAGGUGUUCCUGGUGAGGGAAGGAAGAAGCAAGGUAUAAGAGAAAACCUUUCCAGUUGAGCACCACUGACGUAACAUUUUGGGUCAAGUCCUCUAUUGAAAUGCAAGCCAUAAACACGUCUGCCAUUUUCAAUCUGGAACACUUCACUGGGAGUGAUAAUUGAAUGGGAUUAAGUCUUGGUAUUAGUGCAUCAGACUGACUGGGAAGGGAUCUGUUGGAAUGGGUGAAUCUAGGAACCCCUCGGCAGCAUGGGGCAGAACAAGACAGGCCGACCUGAAGCUCACUGUGUGUCCUGGGAGGUAGGAAAGCACGAGGCUACUGUGUUUUUGCAGAUAAGCCUUACCUGUAGGGAGUCAAAGGAAGGAUGGAAGCUUAGCAAGGAGAAACAAUAGUGUGGUUUCAAAAGCUAGAGGCAAAAAUCUUAGAAACUCAAUUUCAUGAUGCUCACUGGGGAAAAAAAAAAAAAAAA